AUGCAGAUUUUAUGUUCAGAUCAUUCUCUGUGUUUGAUUCGGAUCUCCACCUGGGCAGGAAGCAGCGAAGUAGAUGCCCAGGUAGCCCUGCCUCCUACCUGGGCAACCUUGAAACCUCUUAACCUCACCUCACCCCAAUUCAGCAUCAACAAUCAUUCUAAUUAUCCUUAUAUACCCGUGGACUCUGUCCUGAGUCAGUCAUUCGCCGCAAUGCAUUUCCUCGCUCUCUUAAUUCUAUUCCUUCUUUCGACUACAACCCUAUCUCAAGCUUCUCCCACAGGGAAGAGCACCAGCAUCAAUACAACCGCCAAAACCACCCAGCUCAACGCCUCCAACUUACCCGUCGGGGCCAUAAUCACCCACUGUACCACUCCAGGCACAAUCGCUCUCACUUUCGACGAUGGCCCGUACAUCUACACAUCCCAGCUGCUAGGCACUCUCGCCCAACAUGGCGUAAGAGCAACCUUCUUUCUCAACGGUCAUAACAGAGGAAACAUCUAUGCCACCCCCGAUAUAGUGCAGCGCACAUUGGCGGAAGGACACCAGCUGGGGUCUCAUACAUGGGAUCACCCAUCACUUGACACCCUCCCAUACGAAGAGAUCGUACAGCAAAUGACGAUCCUCGAAGAAGCCUUCAUGCGUAUCCUAGGCUUCUUCCCGACAUACAUGCGCCCCCCAUUCCUCAGACAUACCCCCGUCGUCCUCGGCGCCAUUGCCGAUCUGGGGUACCAUGUGAUUGGGGCUAGUGUCGAUACGAAGGACUACGAGAAUGAUAACCCUGAUACAAAUUGGGUUAGUUUUGAGAAGUUCUCGAGGGAAGUUGAUGCUGGUGGCACGAUUGUGUUGGCGCAUGAUUCGCAUCAGCAUACGGUCGAGAUUUUGGUGGAUAAUAUGCUUACUGAUGUCGAGAGGGGGUUGAGUGCUGUCACUGUUGGCGAGUGCCUUGGUGAUCCGCCUGAGUAUUGGUAUCGUGAUGGAAGGUAA